GCGUGUCCUUCCGCAUUUCCCGGAUUCAUCCUCGGCGUUCCCAUUUCACUCUAAAUUAUUUCGCACGCUUGUAUCGCCCCCUCCCACCAAGCCGAAGGAAGGGAAGGAAAAUCAAGUCCGUUUUCCAGCACAUGCUAGUUUAGUUAGCAGGCUGUACCGCUUCGUCCACAUGCAUUGGAGUGCUGGGCCCCGGCGUACCGGCUCCAGCCAUGUCGGCGAGGAAUGCGGCGGCGAGCGACGGUGACAGAGCAUCAGGCGAACAGUCAGGGGAUGUGUUGGAGGAGGAUCUCCAGGGCCAUUCUCUGUCUGUGUCAGGCCUGCUGACCCCCAGCUCGGCUGCUGCUGCUGCUGCUAUGGCGUCUGGCAUGGAUAUGCCAAGGAAACGCAAGGGCAGCAUGGACAGCCAGGAUACUAAACCAUUGGUUCUUAUGGACGAGGACAUGGAGGAUGACCAAGACAGGUCGGAAGGAGAUGACCAGCACGUCAAGAUCAAGUGUUUCAGGGAGCCCCACAGCCAGAUUGAGAAGAGGCGGCGGGACAAGAUGAACAACCUGAUUGACGAGCUUUCGGGCAUGAUCCCCUCCUGCAACCCCAUGUCACGCAAACUGGACAAGCUCACCGUGCUGCGUCUAGCCGUCCAACACCUCAAGUCUCUUAAAGGUACCACAAGUUCCUUUGCCGAAGCCAAUUACAAACCCUCAUUCCUGCCGGACGAUGAACUCAAGCACCUAGUGCUCAGGGCUGCCGACGGCUUUCUGUUUGUGGUUGGCUGUGACCGCGGGAAAAUCGUCUUUGUCUCCGAAUCAGUCUCCAAGACCCUCAAUUACAGUCGGGCGGAGCUGAUUGGCCAAAGUCUGUUUGACUACAUCCACCCAAAGGACAUCGGCAAGGUCAAGGAGCAGCUGUCCGCCUCUGAGCUCUACCCCCGCGAGAGACUCAUCGAUGCCAAAACGGGUCUGCAGGUCCAGGCGGAUCUCCCUGUGGGGGCGGCCCGGUUCUGCUCGGGGGCCCGCCGCUCCUUCUUCUGUCGCAUGAAGUACAACCGUAUCACUGUCAAGACGGAGACGGACAAGGACUUUCCUUCCGGAUCUACCAAGAAGAAAGAGUCUCAGCGCUACUGCACGGUGCACUGUACGGGCUACAUGCGUACGUGGCCGAGCAGCCAGCUGGGCUGUGAGGAGGCUGAGGCAGAUAAGGAGAGCUCGCACUUCAGCUGCCUGGUGGCCGUGGGCCGCGUGCACCCCAGCUCCGCGCCGCAACUCAACGGCGAGGUCAAGGUCAAACCCACAGAGUUCAUCACACGCUGCGCCAUGGACGGCAAGUUUACCUACGUGGACCAGCGGGCCACCACUAUCCUUGGCUAUCUGCCCCAAGAGCUGCUGGGAACGUCAUGCUAUGAGUACUUCCACCAAGACGACUUGCCUCAUUUAGCAGACAGACAUCGGAAAGUUCUACGGACUAAAGAGAAGAUCGAGACAAACUGCUACAAGUUCAAAACAAAAUACGGCUCCUUUGUCACCUUACAAAGUCAGUGGUUUAGUUUUAUAAACCCCUGGACCAAAGAAGUAGAGUACAUCGUAUCUACAAAUACGGUCAUAUUUGGUAAAGGUGGUGCCAGUGGAUCGGGAGACAAGUCUGACCAACCAAGCAACUCAAGAACAUCUCAGGAUGAUUCGAAAAAAGCCCUUCCCAUCAUCCCCGGCAUCUCCACGACUCCGGGAACCAUGAUCUACGCCGGGAGCAUCGGGACCCAGAUCGCCAACGAGCUGCUGGACUUUAACAGGAUGAACCCGUCACCAUCCAGUGGCAACGGAAGCCCCUUCAGCAUGCUGCAGGACAAAUCCCCCCUGGCCAGCACACAGUCCAACUGCAGCGUGGCAAACGGGGAGGUGACGGACAUGGAGAUAGCAGGCAAAUCCAACUCUGAGGAGGAAUCACGAAACACACCGUUUGGUGGUGGUGACUCCCUCAUGGAGGGGAGUUCUCAGCUGGAUCUGGAUGGUGCGGGGCUGGGCAGCCUGAGUAGUGACGAGGCGGCUAUGGCGGUCAUCAUGAGCCUGCUGGAGACAGACGCCAACCUGGUGGGGGAGGCCAUGGACUUUGAUUGGUCCAUGUGACCCCUGGCUCCACCCCCCCAACUGGACACUAUAGCAUCCCUUCCCCUCAAGAGACUUUUAUGGUUAUUAGCCCGUUUUACUUUUUUAAGAAAAAGAACGAAAGACAAAAGAAAAGACAAAAGAGAAAAUAUUAAGACUGUCCAUCCACAUAAGCCAUCACACAGGUUUCUCCCUCCUCUCCGGACGUACUAAACUGUAUUUGUUCUCAUUUGUUUUUUUUAAAGUCUAUACAUAAUUUAUUGGGUUCUUACAUUCUCCCCCUCAACAUCCUGACACACUGUCAGACUGUGCAGACUGGAGAAUGAAGAUCAGUGAUGACCACCCUACCACCCCUCACCUCCACCCCCUCGACCCCAAUGGCUCUUAUUACUGUGUUCCCUUGACCAUGGGAUACACACACAGUGGUGAACUGCUUACUGUACCAGAGAACCAUUCUCUGACUGUACCUCGUGGACCUCCUGCCUAGGGGGAAAGGGGAGGGAGAAGGAGGAAACACAUGGUCUUGGUUGGAGGACUUUUAAAAUCCUUCCCCAGCCUUCCUCCAGAGGGCUCCACAUCGCCCUCUGUGGGAUGUCAGAGGACAUUGCGCUGGGUUUUCUGCAGAGGCAUGGAUGUUGUGCUGACCACAUGUUGGACGUAAAGCAUGGAUGUGUUGUUCAAGCAAAAAAAUCGCACUGAAUGGUAUAAUACCUUGGAAGAUUCUUACUUCUUGAAGGGAGGGCAAGGGAAUAGUUGUGUUUGUUGCAAGGGCCAAGUGUGCGCGUGUGGGGCUUUCUAUGUAUGACUGUUUGUUGGCAUGCAUGUAGGUAUUCUCAGGAGUUGUGGCUAUAGUUUCUGACUUUUAUUACCAAGUACUUGAACCGCCCAGGAUUUGCUCCCAUUUUUAUUUGGGGCAACAGAAGUCGAAAAACAUAAUUUACCAAAAAAAAAAACUUUUUUAUAUCAUGAAAAACAACCCUUGAAGGAAAUGCGGAGUGCAAAUACAGAGCUGGUGAAAAUACUUGGUAAACCUCCAACAUUUCUCUUAAAUCCACCCAUCACAGAAAUGAAUGAAUGAAUGGAUUAUGCAUGAGUGAAAGAAUGAUGAGGCGUGAAUUAAUGAAUCAGCGUGUGUCCUUUUUCACUGGCCCCUUGCAUCUUUUGUCCACUACACUUGAAUUUGUUUUGAGGGUGCGUAGUCAGUGGGUGAGGGUGAGGAGAUGCAGAUGAAGAACAAUUGUGGAGGAGGGAGGACGGAAAAUCUACGUGUUUUAGACACAUUUGUCAUUCCAGCUGAGGUUACUUCCCAAGGAGAGUGAUGCUGUGUAGACCCAUGGCCUACCCAAAAUGUGUGCAUUGUUUGUACACACACGCACACGCACACACACGCAUGAGCUCAUGCAUACCCCACACAAGCACUCUUAACAAACAUGCUUUAGCGUAUUCAUGUUCUGACCACACACACACACAAAAAAAAUCAUAUGAAAUCAUAUGAACAUACGAAACAAUCUGACAAAUAUGCACGCCCGCAUGCAUGCACACAUACCAUGCGAUACAAUACAAAAACGCACGCACGCACGCGGAUCCCAAGUCAGCGCUGUGUACUUCAUGCUGCUCAUGUUACACGUAAUGUCCCUUGCAAACAUCUGU